AUGGUUCCUAACGCUGAGGACAUUGUUCCUCACGCUGAGGACAAGGUCCCUCACGCUGGGGACAGGGUUCUUCACGCUGAGGACAAGAUUCUUCAUGCCGAGGACAAGGUUACUCACGCUGAGUACAAGGUUCUUCACGCUGGGGACAAGGUUCUUCACCCAGAAGACCAGGUUCCUCACGCUGAGGAGAAGGUUCUUCACGCUGAGGACAAGGAUCUUCACGCUGAGAACAAGGUUUCUCACGCUGAGGACAAGGUUCCCACGCUGAGGAGAAGGUUCUUCACGCUGGGGACAAGGUUCUUCACGCUGAGGACAAGGUUCUUCACCUUAGAACAAGAUUCCUCACGCUGAGGACAAGGUUCCUGAUGCUGAGAACAAGGUUCUUCACCUGGACGACAAGGUUCUUCACGCCGAAGACAAGGUUCCUCACGCUGAGGACAAGGUUCUUCAAGCUGAGGACAAGGUUCCUCAGGCUGAGGACAAGGUUCCUCAUGCUGAGGACAAGGUAGAUCAAUCUUUUCCAAAUAAUUUAGUUUCCAUACCUGGCUAUAAUAUAGAAAGAAGGGAUAGAAAUAGAAAUGGGGGAGGCAUUGCAUUUUAUAUAAGAGAUGUUAUUAAUUAUGGGCUUAUGCAUGAAUUAGCUCAAGAUCCACUUGAGUGGCUAUGUAUCAAGGUCCAAAAACCUAAGUCCAAACCAUUCAUCGUUGGUACUUGGUACAGACCCCCUUCUUCAACCACUGACAUUAUGAACAACCUCGAAUUAUUAAUUAAGAAGUUAGAAGUACUGGAUAUUGAAAUUAAUAUUAUAGGUGAUUUUAGCUUUGAUUUAGGUGCUUCUCCCCCUAAUGCACCUACUAAACAUUUCUUGGAUCUCUGCUACUUUUUCCAGUACCAUCAACUUAUUAAAGAUCCUGCUCGAAUAACCGAACGCUCUUCAACUACAAUUGAUUUAUUUAUUGCAAAUAAUCCAACAAUGUAUGUGAAAUCUGGAGUUUGCGACAUUGGUAUUAGUGACCAUUCACUUGUAUAUGCAAUUCGUAAACUUUGUGUACCUAGAAAGGAUCCUAGAAUAAAUCGCAGCAGGCAAUUUAGAAAUUUCAACGCAAAUUCAUUUAGAUAUGACCUCAGCUUAGCCCCGUGGCAUAUCAUUGAGCAGUACCAAAAUGAUCCAAAUCUUGCUUGGAAUGCUUGGAAAACUAUAUUCCAGAAAAUAUCUGAUAUUCAUGCACCCAAACGGAGUAGAAAAAUUCCAAAUAAGCACUCUCCUUGGUUAAGCCCAGAACUUAAGAAAUUGAUGUUUGAGAGGGACCUACUGAAAAGAAUAGCAAGUAAACAUGAUACUGAACAUAACUGGUCCAAGUAUAGAAGUGCACGAAAUAAUGUUAACAGAUGUAUACAAGAUGCGAAAGUUGCAUAUUAUCACAAUUACUUCAGAAAUAGCUUUGGUGAUAUUAAAAACACAUGGAAAGGUGUGAAUGAGCUUAUGGGUAAAAAUUCCCAUACCAAUGUAAUAAGCAGCAUUAAAGUUGGUGACUGUAAGUACACUUCUUCAAGUGACAUAAGUAAUGCUUUUAAUAACCACUUUACUCAAAUUGGACCUAAAUUAGUUAAUAAUGUUCCCACGUCAAACCCUAACUUUGAGCAAUAUAUUACCACUACCGAUAAUAAUUUUUCUGUCACUGAGACAAAUAAUACAAUUGGGUACAACUUGAUUCAAUCACUUCCUGUAAAUAAAUCUACUGGUUUAGAUGAGAUAUCAUGA